AUGUUUGAUAUAAACCUUUAUUCGACCGGUGUUCUCGCAGCAACUGCUGGAAUUAUCUGUUUAACGUGGUUUGUCAGAUCAAUGCAGGACAACAAGGAACGCCGUCGAAAGCUCGAUGACACACUGAAUAAUCAAAGUUAUAUUUAUGAUGCAAAGGAAGGAAUUAGAACAUCACCUUAUACAAAAGAUGGACCUCUCCUCGAUAAAUUAAUGGGGAAUCUGUCAACUGUGCAUGAAGUAUUUCAACAUGGUAUUGAGAUUGCAAAAAACAGUCCAUGUCUUGGAUGGCGACCCACACCUGAUGCUCCUUACAGAUGGAUAACUUAUGCUGAGACCUACAAAAGGGUAUGCCGUCUCGGUUCGGGUCUAAAAACACUUGAACCCGCUGAAGUUAAAGACGGAUUCUUUAUUGGUAUCUACGCAACCAAUUGUGUUGAAUGGGCCUUAACUCAACAAGCUUGUUCAACAUUUGGCUAUGUUAUUGUUCCACUCUAUGACACUUUGGGCGAAGACGCCCGUAGACACAUUUUGCAACAAACUGAACUGACGCUCUGUCUCUGUGAUUCGUCAGUUAGAGUUCGAAAUAUUCUUGCCGACGUGGCUACUACGGGUAAAAAAGUCCGAAAUAUCAUUCUUGUCCACGAGUGUGAUGAACUGGAAACUUUGCGUGAAGAAGCUAAAGUCCAAGAUAUCCGAUUGUACACAUUUGAGGAAGUUUUGGCUCUUGGUGUUGAUGGAGCAAAAUCGGAAAAACUUCCUAAGCCUGACGAUCUUCACUUGAUUUGUUACACCAGCGGAACCACAGGUAAAGCCAAGGGUGUUAUGAUUACGCAUCGGAUGAUUGUUUCGGUCAUUGCUGGCUUUGAUAUGGAUCUUCAACAUGUGAACAUCAGACCUGGAGACUACUAUCUCUCCUUUCUUCCACUUGCUCACGUUUUCGAACAAAUUGUGAUGCACUAUUCCCUUGGUCGCGGUGCAGCUGUCGGAUUUUACGGUGGUGACUUGCGUCGCCUGUCUGAUGAUAUCUUGGCUCUCCGACCAACUCUCUUUGUCGCCGUUCCACGCGUUCUCCAACGUCUCUAUGGCACAGUCCAGGCAGCUGUUGCCAACUCAUCUUUCAAAAAGUGGCUCUUAAGGACUGCUGUCAAUGCCAAAAUGCAAUAUGUUAAACAGGGUAUUGUAACAAAGACCACAAUUUGGGAUAAACUUGUUCUCAAAAAAAUUCAAGAUAGAAUGGGUGGUCGCUUGAGAUUCUUUGCUUGUGGUAGUGCCCCAAUCUCUGAAGAAGUCUACUCAUUUUGUCGUGCUGCUCUCGGAGUUCAUGCUUAUGAAGCCUAUGGUUUGACUGAAACUUGCGGUGCCAUGAUUAUGACCCUUCCAUUCGACUAUAUUGCGGGUCAUACCGGUACUCCACUGCCAUGCUCUAUGGUUAAAUUGAUCGAUGUUCCCGACAUGGAUGUCAUUGUUUCUAGAGACGGAGCCGGAGAGAUCUGUGUGAAAGGCCCCAGCUGUACUAAGGGCUAUUAUAAAGACCCAGAACGCACUGCUGAGCUGAUCGAUAAAGAUGGCUGGCUUCAUACUGGUGAUAUUGGUACAUGGACUUCACGUGGUUCUUUGCGACUAGUCGACCGCUGCAAGAAUAUGUUUAAGCUUGCUCAAGGCGAAUACGUUUCACCCGAGCGUGUUGAGAUGGUGUACGCCCAAAGCCAUCUUGUGAAUCAGAUUUUCCUAGAUGGUAACUCGAGCGAGUCUUUCGCUAUAGCUAUCUGUGUUCCUGAUAUGAAGGCACUGCGUGAAGCUAUGCAUCUAAAUUCCAAUGGAUCUUCAGGCAAUGGAAUGGCCAAUGGUGGAACUGUUAAGCCAAAAUCAAUCUCUGAUGAGGAACUCUGUGGGAUGAAAGAAGCUUGUAUCCUUGUCCUAAAGGACAUUAAUCGUUUGGGCAAGGAAGCUGGACUUAAGGGCUUUGAACAAGCCAAGUCACUCUUCUUGACUCCUCAUGAGUUCACAGUAGAGUCUGGUCUUGUAACUCCAACUCAGAAGAAACUUCGUGUCGCCUUCCGUCGAACAUUUAAGAAUCAGAUCGACUUGCUGUACAAGGAUCCGAUGAUUUUGUAA